CCGUUCAUCAAAAGCAAUUUCAUACAAAUUCUGCUUCUCUUCCUGAAAAAAAAAUGGGAUUGGAUGCAAAAUUAGAAAGAAAAUGGAAAGAAUUUCAAACGGAGGUUCCCUGGUGUACGAAGCAAGCAACAAAAUACAUUGUGGAACUGCGCACAAUCGCUGAUGACAUUGACAAUUAUCAUCAAGGUGCCACCAUCGCAAACAUAGCAGGCACUUCCACAGGAGCCUUGGGGGGAAUCCUAACCAUCGCUGGAAUAGUUGCUGCCCCUUUCACAAUGGGAACCUCGCUCGUGCUCACUGGGGUGGGGCUGGGGGCGGGCGUGCUUGGUGGGGUCACUAACAUUGUGGCCAACAUUACUGAUAAUUUAAAACAAAAUAAUGAACAGAAAAGAGUGAAUGAAAUUGUAGAACAAUACCAAGACAUGACCAAACACCUGACUGAUACAUUAACUCAGCUCAACCAAGUCAUUGAAUUCCUGAUACAGGGUGAGGAGAGGAGGACUCCAGUUACAAACGUAGCUAAUGCCGCCCAGGGUCUGGUGAGUGGCUUAGGUUUUGCGUCCGUAUUGACGACAACACUGACCCGGAAUGCGAUGGUUACAUUCAGAGCUAUGUCAGGAGUUCUGGCAGGACUCACAAUAGCAUGGGAUUUAUUUUCCAUUGUAAAAGAUGUAAACGAACUUGGAAAAAAGAUGACUGAAAUUUCUAAGAUGAUCCGACAGAUAGCUACAAACAUGGAGGAGGAAAAGGGCAAUUUUGAGAAAACGCUUUUAGACUUGAAGAAAUGCGAUGAGCUGAACAAUUAUCUGGUUGGUUACUGAUCAUACAGAGAUCAAAUUAAUUACUCUGAAUUCACUCUCCCUUAUUCUUUGCAAACUAUUCUUCAUUAUUCUUUGCAGCUUCAGUUUUUAUUUCUAAUGCUGAAAUACAUAUAUUCUCAGCACCCUUUCCAGCUUUCCAAACCUCCCUCCUCUAAGAUGUUAUGCAAAAUGUUCCUCUUUAAAGCAAAAGUUUGUUGUCUCCAUUAAAUUGACCCCAAAGCAUUAGCAUCAAGAAAGCCCCCAAAGCAGACUGCUCCUCACAGAACCUGCCACAACAGCACGGUGGCGCUGCGGUAGAGUUGCUGCCUUACAGCGCCAGAGACCUGACUACCAGUGCUGUCUGUACCGAGUUUGUACCUUC